AUGUUUGAGGAGGACGACGACGACACCACGUCCAUCGCCGACUCCUUCAACGAACGACAGGAGACUUCGGAGAAACCUUUGUUAUGCGACUACGACAAGAUCGACGUGGCGCCGAGUCAAACAUACCAACCGGUCAUCGUGAAGUCAGUGCUGAAAAGAAGCAACACCUUGACGUCCGUGACAAAAAGUAGGAGGAGAUACAACGUCCUACUGUUCGGUGACAACUUGACUGCCGGUUGGGUGAAGAAUGCUGACGGUUACGGUACGUAUCAUCCCUACGGUCUAAAAGUUCAAAAGAGGUUCGAGGAGGAGGGUCUAGAUGUGGAGGUGACAGUGAGCGGUGUUCCCGGUGAAUGCGUCGUUCAUUCGAUGGAAGAACGAUUAAAAAAUGAAUUGAAUCAACCAGGAAAAUGGUACGACUGGAUCGUAAUCUUAGGAGGUACGAACGACGUAGUCAAUGGAUUUUCUGCUUGGGAUAUCUUCGAUGGCCUGAAAAAACUAUACAUGCUGUCCUUCAAGCAUGGUGCUCGGGUUCUGGGAGUUACCAUUCCAGAAUUUGAUUGGGUAACUAUUAAUCACCACGAUCAUGCUUUACGCGCUUGA